UAUAAGCGGAAUCUAAAAUAAAUACAUACCUUUCUUUAUACACAUGUGGACAAUACAAUACAUAUGUAUGUAUCUAAUAUAAACUGCGCAUGUGUUGGGGAUUGAAACUUGCAUUUGGUUCGUCGAAAUAAAGUGGUGUGAUUAGCUCCCCGGCGGCAGUGAUGCAUGUCAAUGCAUCAUACAGAUGCGAUUAAUAUAUUAUUCUGUUUAUUGUUUCUUCUAUUCUUUUAAAAUAAUGACAGAAAACAUUUUUCACUUAUGGAAUCGUCGAUAAAGUGAUGAAAUAAAUACCGGGGGCUUUUUUGUUCUUAAUACAAAAAAAAUAUAUUUCGUGUGUAUAUAUAUUUUUUUAAGGUUAGAGUGCGCGUAUAUUUCAAAUAAAAUAUUAUGGACGAAGUUAGAAUACGUCCAACAGUUUCCAAUCAACAACUAAUGAUUAACGCCGAACAGGAAAUCUCCUCAUCGUCGAGGGAAAUUAAAAAUUCAACAAAUACUAUUGAAAGUAGAACUAUUUCUCUAAAAGAAUGGAUCACCGUUCUUAUUUUGUGCUACGUCAAUUUAAUCAAUUACAUGGACAGAUUUACUAUUGCUGGAAUCCUGGAUGAUGUAAAAGAUGAGUUCCAUAUUAGUAAUGGAGAAGCAGGUCUUUUGCAGACGGCGUUUAUAAUAAGUUAUAUGGCUUUUGCACCUAUUUUUGGAUAUUUGGGUGAUCGUUAUAAUCGAAAAAUUCUAAUGGCUUUAGGAGUAUUUCUUUGGUGCCUCACGACAUUUAUUGGUUCCUAUAUGAAGGCUUAUGGAUGGUUUCUCGUAUUUAGGGCUAUGGUAGGAGUGGGCGAAGCGAGUUAUUCAACAAUUGCCCCUACUAUAAUUAGUGACUUAUUCGUUAAAGAUGUUCGCUCAAAAAUGCUCGCUCUUUUCUAUUUUGCCAUUCCAGUUGGAAGUGGUUUAGGGUACAUAAUCGGGGGAGAAACUGCAAAAGCGACAGGUUCCUGGCAAUGGGGUUUACGAAUAACUCCCAUCUUGGGAAUUGUAGCCAUCAUCUUGAUUCUACUUUUGGUACGAGAUCCAAUCAGAGGCGAAAGAGAGGGCGGUACAAAUAUUGUCAGUACUUCCUGGGCCGAUGAUAUCAGAUCUCUUGUAAAAAAUCACAGUUUUAUGUUAUCCACCGCUGGUUUCACCUGCGUUUCAUUUGUUACUGGUGCCCUGGCAUGGUGGGGACCGACUUUUCUUAAACUAGGAUUAAAAUUAGAAUUAAAUGAUGACAAUGUCGAUCAAGACGAUGUGGCAUACAAGUUCGGAUUAACAGCAAUGGUCGCUGGAUUAUUAGGUGUACCCUUAGGUUCAAUUAUAGCGCAAAAAUUGCGAGUUUAUUAUACACAAACAGAUCCAUUGAUUUGUGCAUUUGGACUUCUUAUUAGUACGCCUCUCGUCUUUUUUGGUAUUGUUAUGGCUGGUAUUAAUUCUACGGCUUGUUAUAUUUUAAUAUUUUUCGGACAAGUUGCUAUUAAUAUUAAUUGGUCCAUUGUUGCCGAUAUGCUGCUGUAUGUCGUAAUUCCUACGAGAAGAUCAUCAGCAGAGGCGCUACAAAUUCUUAUAGCACAUGCUCUUGGUGAUGCAGGAAGUCCCUACAUCAUUGGAGUUUUAUCAGAAGGCAUCAAAUCAAGAAUGAUGACAAAUGUGUCAAGUGGAGUGUCCAACUUAAGUGUGAAUAACAACGAUUUAAUUGAGUACCGAAGUCUACAGUAUUCUCUCUUCAUUACUGUUUUCAUCGAAGUCAUUGGAAGUCUCUUCUUUUUUAUUACAGCAUUAUACAUUCAAAAAGACAAGGCAUUGGUUGAUCUCACCGUUGCUGACCAAUAUCUUGAAACUAAGCAUAAUGGGAAAGCCGAAUCAACGCGUUUGUAAGAUCAUCAAGUUUGGACUCAACUGUAAAAUCUGAUGAAAGUGACUCGGAAACGUCGUUUAUCCUCGAGGAGGAAGGUGAAAAUCGAGCUCAAAAUCCUCUGGUCGAACCCGAUUGAUUAUGAUUAGGAAAUAUUAUAAUAAUAUAGAUUAAUAUUGAAAUGACUUUACCAACUCGAAUUCUGAUUUUCGCUUUAAGAGCAAACAAUUAAGCCAUAAUUAUUAAACAAUUUGGAUUUUUUCAUAAACAGAGAUAAAAAAAAAUUUUCAUUACAAUUUCAUUUUUUUUUUAAACAUUAAAUCAUUAUUGAGUAAUUAUUAUUUAUUUAUAGAAAUAGUAAAUAUCUAGAUAUAAAAAUAGGAAUUUCUUUUCAUUUAGAAUUAUAAGUAUGAAAAUAUAAUUUUAUCUUUUUUUAUGAAGAAUUCCUUAUUUAUUAUAGCUCAAUGGGAAAUUAUAAAUAUCACAGUUUUCACUUAAAAUCAUUUAUUAUUUAUUUAUUUAUAUGCAGAUGGAGAUGGAAAAAGAAAUGCAAUUCGAAAAAAUGACUUUUGUUUAAAAUGAAAUUUAAAUAUUAAUAAUUCGCUGUUUAUUCCAAGUAACCAAAAUGCAAUUUUAUCGCAGAAUUUCUAUAACGAAUUUCUUCAAAUUUUUGAAAAAGAAAUUAAUGAAUCAAUGAAUUUUUUUGUUAAAGUUAUUAAAAAUUGAAAUUUUAA